GUUCAUUACCACUGAGCCACAACAGGAACUCCCUUUUUUUUUGAGGGGGGGAACAUCGUACAUACGUGCUUAUAGACAGACGGAUGGAUGGAAGUGACGUAAACAGCCUGACUUUGUGCUAUUUUUGAAAGGGUUUUGUUUUAUUUGUCUCCCUUGAAACAAGACAGUUUAUUUGUUGGCGGUACAUUUGGCUCUGUAUUCACAGGUUAGCAGAACUGGAAUGGAAUUCGAGUAGCAGUGUGUACUUAGCAAUGUAUGCAGUACUGUAAGUAGUCUAGAGAGGGCGUGACGUGCAUGAGGGUUUACCUCAGUGGAAAUUCCAUUCCUGUGUUAAAAAAUAAAGUCUAUGAGAGCAGGUACUUAGGUUCAGUGCACAUACUGCGGCGUUUUUUGUAAAGGACUUGCGCGUCUGCAGACGCAGGUAUCUGCAGGCUCCUGGAACCAGUGCCCCUUGAUGCCGAGCUUCACUGUACGUGGUUUCCUCGUUCCGGACCAACCGCAGUCACGUCUGCAGUGGUCCGCACGUUUCCUGUCCUCCGUCAGGGCACAGUCCUGGGGAGAGAUUUAAGUUCUCGUGUUCUGGGUGGGGAUUUACUCUUUUUGGGAGAUGUGGCAUGUGGGUCAUGACUGUGGGUGCAUCCCUGCUUACGAGACACUGAGGAGGUGCCUCUCCUGCCGCCGGCAGUAGAUGUUCACACAGAAGCUGUUCAGGCCGCGCUCGCUAAACACAAAGAAAGGAAGAUGGCAGUGCCUAUGCCUUCCAAACGCAGGUCCUUGGUUGUGCAGACCUCGAUGGAUGCCUACACACCCCCAGAUACCUCUUCGGGCUCGGAAGACGAAGGCUCCGUGCAGGGCGACUCCCAGGGGACCCCCACCUCCAGCCAGGGCAGCAUCAACAUGGAGCACUGGAUCAGCCAGGCCAUCCACGGCUCCACCACCUCCACCACCUCCUCCUCGUCCACCCAAAGCGGGGGGAGCGGCGCGGCGCACAGACUGGCCGACGUCAUGGCCCAGACGCACAUAGAAAAUCACUCUGCACCUCCCGACGUAACCACUUACACCUCAGAACACUCAGUGCAAGUAGAAAGGCCGCAGGGCUCGACGACGUCCCGGACAGCCCCGAAGUACGGCAACGCCGAGCUCAUGGAGACGGGCGACGGAGUGCCUGUAAGUAGCCGCGUAUCAGCAAAGAUCCAACAGCUUGUCAACACCCUCAAACGACCCAAACGACCACCAUUGCGGGAAUUCUUCGUUGAUGACUUUGAAGAACUGCUGGAAGUUCAACAACCAGACCCAAACCAGCCAAAGCCAGAGGGAGCCCAGAUGUUGGCCAUGCGUGGGGAGCAGCUGGGUGUAGUUACCAACUGGCCGCCGUCUUUAGAAGCUGCGUUACAGCGAUGGGGGACCAUCUCCCCAAAGGCCCCCUGCUUGACCACGAUGGACACGAAUGGGAAACCCCUGUACAUCCUCACUUACGGCAAGCUGUGGACAAGAAGUAUGAAGGUUGCUUACAACAUUCUGCAUAAAUUAGGUACAAAGCAAGAACCUAUGGUGCGACCUGGAGACAGGGUGGCGCUGGUGUUCCCCAACAACGACCCUGCUGCCUCCAUGGUGGCUUUCUACGGCUGCCUGCUGGCCGAGGUCGUUCCCGUGCCCAUCGAGGUACCCCUCACGAGAAAGGACGCAGGAAGCCAGCAGAUCGGGUUCCUGCUUGGAAGCUGUGGGGUGACCGUAGCCUUGACGAGUGACGCCUGCCACAAAGGGCUGCCCAAGAGCCCAACGGGGGAGAUCCCGCAGUUCAAAGGUUGGCCCAAGCUGUUAUGGUUUGUCACGGAGUCAAAACAUCUCUCUAAACCGCCUCGAGACUGGUUCCCGCACAUUAAGGAUGCGAACAACGACACUGCGUAUAUCGAGUACAAGACGUGCAAGGAUGGGAGUGUGCUCGGGGUCACCGUGACGAGGAUCGCGCUUCUGACCCACUGCCAGGCCCUCACCCAGGCCUGCGGCUACACAGAAGCUGAAACAAUUGUGAAUGUGUUGGAUUUCAAGAAGGAUGUCGGGCUGUGGCACGGAAUCCUCACGAGCGUCAUGAACAUGAUGCACGUGAUCAGCAUCCCGUACUCGCUGAUGAAGGUGAACCCGCUCUCCUGGAUCCAGAAGGUCUGCCAGUACAAAGCGAAAGUGGCCUGCGUCAAGUCCAGGGACAUGCACUGGGCGUUGGUGGCUCACAGGGAUCAGAGGGACAUCAACCUCUCCUCCCUCCGGAUGCUGAUAGUGGCUGAUGGCGCCAAUCCCUGGUCAAUUUCUUCCUGCGACGCAUUUCUCAAUGUCUUCCAAAGCAAAGGCCUGCGCCAGGAGGUCAUCUGUCCCUGUGCCAGCUCACCAGAGGCGCUGACUGUGGCCAUUCGGAGGCCCACUGACGACAGCAACCAGCCCCCAGGCCGCGGCGUCCUCUCCAUGCACGGGCUGACCUACGGCGUCAUCCGGGUGGACUCAGAGGAGAAGCUGUCUGUGCUCACCGUGCAGGACGUCGGCCUCGUGAUGCCUGGAGCCGUCAUGUGCUCAGUGAAGCCCGACGGGGUCCCCCAGCUGUGCAGGACGGACGAGGUCGGGGAGCUCUGCGUGUGUGCGGUUGCAACGGGCACGUCCUAUUACGGCCUCUCGGGUAUGACCAAGAACACCUUCGAGGUGUUCCCAGUGACGGGCUCGGGGGCCCCAGUCAGCGAGUACCCCUUCGUGAGGACGGGCCUGCUGGGUUUUGUCGGCCCCGGGGGGCUGGUCUUCGUGGUGGGCAAGAUGGAUGGGCUCAUGGUGGUCAGCGGACGCAGACACAACGCCGACGACAUCGUAGCCACCGCCCUGGCCGUGGAGCCCAUGAAGUUCGUCUACAGGGGAAGAAUAGCUGUGUUCUCCGUGACCGUCCUGCACGACGAGAGGAUAGUGAUUGUGGCCGAGCAGAGGCCGGACUCCACGGAGGAGGACAGCUUCCAGUGGAUGAGCAGGGUGCUCCAGGUAGUGCUCCCCUGCCUCCCUGGGCGGCACCCUGUGCUCCUAGGGCUCGCCGUCUGUUGCAGGGAGCAGCCGAGCAGAGCAAGGGCAGGCCUCCAGGCGUCGUGGCGCUGGCCCCUCGGUCCUGAGCCACAGCGCAGGUGUCGUCACCUCCCUGAGAGCAUGCUUUCCUUUCUCAAAUGUCCCCUCUUGUGCACGUGGUGGUCCACAAGUGCUUGCGCCGCUCAGUCCGGUGAGCCGCCCUCUGAGCUCGGCACCCCCGCGGGGAGCCCGGCUCGUGCCGCCUGCGCCUCCGUGGGCUGUGCUUGGCCGUCUGAGCAUUUGCUCUACGUCUGUUCAUACAUAGUGCCUCUUUUAACACGAUUCCCUCUCAUGACUUUGCAGGCAAUUGACAGCAUACACCAAGUUGGGGUUUAUUGUCUGGCCUUGGUUCCAGCAAACACCCUCCCCAAAACCCCGCUCGGGGGGAUCCAUCUGUCAGAGACGAAGCAGCUUUUCCUGGAGGGCUCGCUUCACCCCUGCAACGUCCUGAUGUGUCCUCACACGUGUGUCACCAACCUGCCUAAGCCCCGGCAGAAGCAGCCAGAGAUCGGCCCUGCCUCUGUGAUGGUGGGGAACCUGGUGUCUGGGAAGAGGAUCGCGCAGGCCAGCGGCAGAGACCUGGGCCAGAUAGAGGACAACGACCAGGCCCGGAAGUUCCUGUUCCUCUCAGAGGUCCUGCAGUGGAGGGCGCAGACCACCCCUGACCACGUGCUGUACACGCUGCUCAACUGUAGGGGCACAAUAGCGAACUCGCUGACAUGUGUCCAGCUGCAUAAACGAGCUGAGAAGAUAGCCGUGAUGCUGAUGGAGAGAGGGCAUCUGCAGGACGGGGACCACGUGGCUCUGGUCUACCCCCCGGGGAUAGACCUCAUCGCAGCGUUUUACGGCUGCCUGUAUGCAGGCUGCGUGCCCAUCACCGUCCGUCCCCCGCACCCUCAGAACAUCGCCACCACGCUGCCCACCGUGAAGAUGAUCGUGGAGGUGAGCCGCUCCGCCUGUCUGAUGACAACACAACUGAUCUGUAAAUUGUUACGAUCCAGGGAGGCAGCCGCAGCUGUAGAUGUCAGGGCCUGGCCCCCCAUACUGGACACAGAUGAUUUGCCAAAGAAGCGGCCUGCCCAGAUCUACAAACCUUCCAACCCGGACACACUAGCCUACCUUGACUUCAGUGUGUCCACAACUGGGAUGCUUGCUGGAGUGAAGAUGUCUCACGCAGCCACCAGUGCCUUCUGCCGUUCCAUUAAGCUGCAGUGUGAGCUCUACCCCUCUAGAGAAGUGGCCAUCUGCUUGGACCCUUACUGUGGACUUGGGUUUGUCCUGUGGUGCCUCUGUAGUGUGUACUCCGGGCACCAGUCCAUCCUCAUCCCGCCCGCGGAGCUGGAGACCAACCCUGCCCUGUGGCUGCUUGCCGUGAGCCAGUACAAAGUCCGGGAUACGUUUUGCUCCUAUUCGGUGAUGGAACUUUGUACCAAGGGGCUGGGCUCACAGACAGAAUCCCUCAAGGCACGAGGCCUGGACUUGUCCCGCGUGCGGACCUGCGUGGUCGUAGCAGAAGAACGGCCCCGAAUAGCUCUCACCCAGUCCUUCUCAAAACUGUUUAAAGACCUGGGCCUCCAUCCGCGGGCCGUCAGCACUUCGUUUGGCUGCAGAGUGAACCUGGCAAUUUGCUUGCAGGGGACCUCGGGGCCUGAUCCGACCACCGUGUACGUGGACAUGCGAGCGCUGAGGCACGACAGAGUCCGUCUGGUAGAAAGAGGAUCGCCUCACAGCCUGCCCCUGAUGGAAUCAGGAAAGAUCCUUCCGGGGGUUCGGAUCAUAAUCGCCAACCCAGAAACGAAAGGACCCUUGGGAGACUCGCACCUGGGUGAGAUCUGGGUUCACAGCGCCCACAACGCCAGCGGUUAUUUCACCAUUUACGGAGAUGAGUCCCUCCAGUCGGAUCACUUCAGCUCGAGAUUAAGUUUUGGAGACACACAGACAGUCUGGGCUCGGACGGGCUACUUGGGGUUCCUGCGGAGAACUGAACUCACUGACGCAAAUGGAGAGCGCCACGACGCCCUCUACGUGGUGGGGGCCCUGGACGAGGCCAUGGAGCUGCGAGGCAUGAGGUACCACCCAAUAGACAUCGAGACCUCGGUCAUCAGAGCACACAAGAGCGUCACGGAGUGCGCCGUGUUCACCUGGACCAACCUGCUGGUGGUGGUGGUGGAGCUGGACGGGUCCGAGCAGGAAGCCCUGGACCUGGUGCCCCUGGUCACCAACGUGGUGCUGGAGGAGCACUACCUGGUGGUGGGCGUGGUGGUGGUGGUGGACAUCGGCGUCAUCCCCAUCAACUCCCGGGGCGAGAAGCAGCGCAUGCACCUGCGCGACGGCUUCCUGGCCGACCAGCUGGACCCCAUCUACGUGGCCUACAACAUGUAGGCCCGCGGGCGGCUCGGGCGGCCCAGAGAUGCGACGUGUGCUCAGAAGGACUUUGCGUGCCUGCCUUCAGUUUGUCGGAAAAGCCCAUUUCGAAAACUUCCUUUUCUUUCUUUUUUUUGAAUUAUUGGAUAAUAAGUGCUUUCUUCGUACAUGUGGUAUUUUGUUAAGCCAAAAUAGCGAUUAAAAGAAAUAUCUGCCCUCCAGGUGGGUUCUUUUAAGCAGUUUAUGUAGUGUGACAAAGAAUUGUUUUCUCUGUUUUAAUGUGUCAUGAAGUCCUAAUGACAUGGACCUGCUACUGAUUUAAGCCAUUGCUAGAUCUCAUCCUUUUAGGGACGUUUGCUGAGGUACGAGAAAACCUUCCAGUUAGAUUUUAGCAGCUUUCUCUGUCAGAGUGUGCUGAAGAAACAGGCUCAUACACGGCCUUUGAAGUUAGCAUAGAACGAGAAGAAAUUAUAAAUAAGGUGUAUUUCGGCAAUUACCUUGCAAAUAUCUUUGUACUAAACUAAAAAGAUAAAAUAAGUUAACUUCAUAUGUAAUUAUGUACAAAACGUUUAAUUUAUUUUGAUCUCUUUAGAAGUAUAACAGAGAAAACAUUCAAGAAUAUUAAAGUCUUGUAAUGUUUGCUAAUAUAAAAGUGUUGUAUUAUCUUGCGUGGAUAGCAUCACAACAACUAUAUAUAUAUAUGACAUAGAAAUUCACUAAGAACAAAGGAGAUUUUAAAGUCGAAAACGCAGACCCUGUCACUUGCAUGUCCCCUCCACUGCACUGCACAUAAGAGACUCUCGCCCUCUUUGCUGACGCGAGCGCCCGGAUCGCCAGCAGCCCCGUCUGUCUGAUCGCUUCUUCCAGAACCGGAGACCGGCGAGCGAGGUUGGCGCCUCUCGGAGGUGGUGGAUCGGGGCUCAGUGUGCACGCUUCCCUCUGCUCGGGGCCACCGCGCAGCCAGGCCUGGGGGGCAGGUGGCCGAAGAAGUCCUUGCAGUGUUUUCAUCGUUUUUGUUCGCGUCACCUUCUCUGUCCCCGGUGUGGAAAGGCGUGUUGUUCUCUGGUCGUUUGCAGCAGGUCGUGUCAACUCCCUCGGACGGCUUUCACGGAAGACCCUCAGCAGGAGGUGGCCUCCCGGACGACAGAGCCCCGGCUGGAGCGGGAAGCCCCGGAUACUGUCCCCGGCCUCCUGCCGCGACACACCUCCGAUUUCCGCCUCUUGCUGCUGCUGCUGCUGCGCCGCCGCCGCCGCCCCCGCCGCCGCCUCACACGCCUUCCGAUUUUCAGAGCUCCUCGCACACUCCUGGGUCACGUCAGCCCGUCUGUGUCCAGCCUAGAAGAGGUAUUACCUUGUCCACGCGAGAUUCACGUUGCACUGGCCCCGGUGUGGCCCUGCGGGGUCCUGAGGCUAGGUCUGCACGACGGAGAUGGUUGCUGGAGAGACAGACCUUCCUGUGAGGUGGCCUUGUCUGCCGUUGCUCCGGGCUGGCAGUGAGGCCUUCGCAUCGAGAGAGUUUGUGUGACUUCGGAGAUCCAAGGCUAAUUGCUGGUACAGUCUGAAGGGGUGUAUUUUUUUAAGUUGUCUGCAUGUGGGGUACGUUCUUCAUCUCACAAGUCAUUGAUUUUUAAAAUAUUGUUUGACUUCACUGCUGUGUAUGACUCUUCCUCUACACGCUUCAGAUACACGUUGCUGCGGUCUUCUGCUUCCCGGGGGGUCCCCACCACUCACAGGAAAGACACUGUCCCACGCCCACCUUCUGUAAGGGGGGGUUAAGGUUUCGGGUCAGACUCACAACUGCAGGUGAUCCGGAGGCCCACCGAGGUGGCGUGAGGUUGUUGGUGCCAUUGCGAGGCCUCGGGGACGUCCUGUGUCAGCAUCGAGGUCCAGGGGGCUCCGGGUUGGGAUCCAGGUUCUGUGAUGCAAGGAAAAGGAAAAGAGACAGUAGGUACCACCCGUUUAGCAAUAAAGGAGGAUCCUUCUGUACUAGAAACUGGAUGUGUUAGGAUGUAACCAGUGUCUGUCUUGUGACCUUGUGCUUUUGGAGUCAGACAGAACGUGUGGUCAGCUUGCACAAAGGAGGGUAGGCAGUGAUCACUGAGGCUCAGACCAACCAGACAGGGCGGCUUCCUCAUGGUGCUUGUUUAUUAUUAUCUAUUUAAUCCUGCUUGACACUUUACCCAGGGAGACAGUCCCUGUUGCCAGUCGAUGCUACAGCGUUAUUCAUAGAGUCGGUGACUGGUUAGAGAAAUUCAUGUGCUCAGCCAAUCACGGUUUCAAACAAAAUUUUUAUGUGCAAAGGACGGCAACCUUCUCGUAUGUUAAACCACCAGUAAGCUUUGUACAUCUGUGAUAACGCCUGUUUUAUAUUCAAAUGAACAAAUAAAAGCUUUUAUUUUUGUUGCUCUGAAAA